AUGACCCAUACCACUGCUACCAACACUUAUCAUGUGUUUAUGUUACCUGACUUGGAGGCCUACGUACACGGCUUGAAGUUCAAGAAUAAGUUGAAGAGAUGGGGGAAAUCCCAGGGAUUCAAGGAACUUUCGCCCGACAACUUGAAAGAAUGGUGCACUGACAGUUUCGUGCUAGACUCGUUGCUCAAGGUCAACAACUACAAGACCAGUCCGUUGAACUCGCCCAUUUCGCCCAUGACACCUGAGUUUCCCCAUGCACUAUGGCAGGUGCCGCCAUGCAGGGGAAACCUCUUGGACGAGUGCAAGCUGUCGGGCCCGUCGAGUUGUCGCUGCCCUCACCACCAACACCACCACUCUUCUACAGGAACCCUGGGAACUCUGGGAACCGUGGGUUCCCAGAGUUCCCAGGGCUCCCAGGCCCCGCAGCGACACAAAUCAGCCAAAAUAAAGCGCUUUUGGCACAAGAUGACAGGCCAGAAAAACGGCGAAACCCACUGUCCGAUUUCCCAUUCCCUGUCCCUGGCUAGGUCCGGCGACCAAAGGUCCUUACGGCUAUCCUCAACAAAAGUACUACAAACGACAUCCACCAAGACCCUGCCCUAUCCUAGCACCUUCCAAGGCUCUACAAAUGUACUAAGAUUGCUAGAACUCAUAUAA